AUGUCUUUUGUGGCCGAAGCCGUUGAGGCGGUUAAACCUCAUAUUGCAAAAUGGUAUACUAUUGUGUUUGCAACCAUUCUACUUUACAUUGUUCACCGUCAGAUCAGAGUCUACAGAAUCUCCAAGAAGUUUGGCUGUCAAGACACUGAGGCUCUUCAUGCUCCAUUCUUUGGUAUUCCAGUUGUAGUUGAUGCUCUCCAGAGUAUUAACAAUGGUACCAUCUUGGAGAUGAUUGGCAGGAGAUUCAACGAACUCAAGAAUGACACUUGCCAUCUUAAGGUGGGUGGUAUCAGAAUUUUGUUCACUUUCCAGCCCGAGAACUAUAAGGCCAUUUUGGCCAACCAGUUUAACGACUUUGCCUUGGGUAAGAGACACUCUCACUUUUUGCCCUUGCUUGGUGAUGGUAUCUUUACUUUGGACUUCCAUGGUUGGAAGAACUCGAGAGCCAUGUUGAGACCUCAGUUCUCCAGAGAACAGAUUGCUCAUGUUAGAACUUUGGAACCUCACGUGCAGACUCUUGCUUCCCACAUCAGAAAGGCCCAGGGCCAGACUUUUGACAUUCAGGACUUGUUUUUCAAGUUUACCGUUGACACUGCUACUGAAAUUCUUUUUGGUGAGUCUGUCUACUGUUUGAGAGAUGGCACUGUUCCAGAGCAGCCUCCUCAUGACCUUUUCCCAGAGAGAGCUGAAUUUGGUGAUGCUUUUAACCUUACCCAGAGAGUCCUUGCCAUGAGAUCUUACUCUCAGGUUUUCUACCGCUUUGUUGAUGGCAUCAAGUUCCGUUCUGCUUGUAGGAAGGUUCACAGAUUUGCUCAGUACUAUGUCCAGAAGGCUCUCGCUGCUCCUCAGGAGGAGAUUGAACGUAAGGCUACCAAGGGUUACACUUUCUUGUACGAGUUGGUUAAGCAGACUAGAGACCCUAAGGUGUUGCAGGACCAGUUGUUGAACAUUAUGGUUGCUGGUAGAGACACCACUGCUGGUUUGUUGUCUUUCACUUUGUUCGAGUUGUCUAGAAACCCAGAAGUUUACGAGAGAUUGAAGCAGGAAGUCUUGGUUCAGUUCGGUGAGGGUACUCCAGAGGAUAUCGCUAACAUUUCCUUUGAGUCUCUCAAGAAGUGCGAGUACUUGAAAAUGUACCCAUCGGUGCCAAUGAACUUCAGAGAUGCCACCAAGGACACUGUUCUUCCUACUGGUGGUGGUCCAGAUGGUACCGCCCCAGUCUUUGUGGCCAAGGGCACCACUGUUGCAUACUCUGUGUACUACACUCACAGAGAUACUAAAUUCUAUGGUAAGGAUGCUAAUGAGUUCAAGCCAGAGAGAUGGGCCGAGAACCAGAAACUCGGUUGGGCUUACUUGCCAUUCAACGGUGGUCCAAGAAUCUGCUUGGGUCAACAGUUUGCACUUACUGAAGCAUCUUAUGUUGUUGUCAGAUUGAUUCAGAUGUUCCCUAAUUUGGUCUCUUCCUACGAGGGCGAAUACCCACCAAAGAAGAUGUUGCAUCUCACCUUGUCCAUGUAUGACGGUGUUCCAGUGAAAAUGACUUAA